UAGGUCUAAUUAUUUUAGAUUUCGAAAAAAUAACAAUUAGCUUUUUAAGCUUUACAUGAUGCCAUUACAUAACUAAAACAGAUGAAUUGAGACACUAUGUCUGGUUCCUACUCCCAGACGAGAUUAGUCGUCAAACUUUCCCUUCAAUGAUUUUAAUAUUUGUUGGUUUAACUAAGUAAUAUUUGUCUGAUUCGACACGUCCAUGAUAAAUUCAUUAAUUACUCAGGGAUGGAAAUUGGAAGCCAUACAGAAAUGUGAGAUAAUGGUGUACACGAAAAUUUUCUUGAAGUUUCCAUAUCAGUUCUGGCCAACUGGACCCGGAAAGGAAUUCUUCAUCUAUGCUCACGAUCGGAGAGGCUACUACACAUUUUGGCAGCAAAUGGAGAACACAUACCCUGGAUCUAAUAUCUUGUCCGUCACAUUGACAAAUGGGGAAUCUAAUCGUGUGGAAGCUCAAGCCGAUGAAGACACCUUGAGAGAAGCUAUGGAGGUGCUCAGGGAAAUGUUUGGACCCAAUAUUCCUGAUGCCAUUGAUAUACUGGUUCCUCGAUGGUGGAAUAACAGGUUCCAACGUGGCAGCUACAGCAACCAUCCCAUCAUCUCUAAUACCCAACUAGUUCAUGAUAUUAAGGCUCCAGUAGGUCGCAUUUUCUUUACUGGAGAACACACGAGUGACAGAUUUAGUGGCUACGUGCAUGGUGCAUACCUCGCAGGUAUUGAUUCUAGCAAAGAGCUACUGGAAGAAAUGAGAAAGAGACAAACUCCAUUAUUUUAAGCCCCUGCUAGUAUUGACCGAAUGCAAUAUUCCCAGACAAUUAUAUCCCAGGGGCAAGCUUCGGAUAGCAGAAGCCAAAUUAUGAUUACAUCGACCUGCAGAAAAUCCCUUUCAUUAGACGAAGAUGAAUGAAGCGUGAAUAAUGAGAAUCAUCAUGACCUGGAGGUGGGUCUGG